AUUUUCAAUUAACGUGUACGCGCGUGCUGCUGAAACUGUCAUAACAAGUUGCCGAUUUUCGCCAGUGCAAAAUUUGUUUUGCGAAUAUGGAAUGAAAAUCUUCAAAAUUAAGUGAAAUAAAUCGACGAAAAAAAAAUGAGUGUCCUAGCAGAUGCCGCGUGCAUAAAAGUUCUAACCAACGCAAAAAUAAUCGUUGGUAUCGGAAACAGUUUGGUUCUGUUGCAUCUGGAGCCCUCGGACGGACAAACACAUCGCGUUUCGGCACCGCUGCCCCGUUUCAAGCACAAAAUCAACGGAAUCGGCGCGAGUCGCAAGUCCGAUGGCUCGUGGCAGGUUGUGCUCCACGCAGGAAGGGACAUCUAUUCGCUCGUUUUGAAGGAGGACAAUACUUUUACGCAAGUGACCAAAGUUUGCAUUUACAACCUGAAGGAAGACAUGCAAUUUGAUGCGUCAACCGGAAGUUUAAUGGUUUUCGCCAAGAGACGUCUGAAUGACUGGAUCAGCUCGUUGAAACUGCUGGAUUGUGAAACGCUUUGCGCCGUGACCGGUCACGGAGUGGCCAUCUGCUUUCGGCUCGUGUUUGGCCACUGGACCAUGGUGGAUCAGUGCUGCUGCGAGGACAGCUCCACGUUGUACUGUUCGCAGCUGGUCGGUUCCAGCUGGCAGGACGUGCUGUGUCUUUGCGGAACGGCACUUGGGCUGCUGAUUACGUGGAAGGUUAGUGGGCCUCGACGGGGACAGAUUUUGAACAGUAUCCGGGCGCAUAACGGAGUGGUGUUCUCGAUCGAUUGCAACUUGGAGCGGAAUCUACUGACCACGACAUCGGAUGAUCGAUCGGUCAAGUUUUGGACGAUGGAAGCUCAGCAGGAUGAUCGGUUUGAGCUGAAAGAGCAAAGCUACUGCUUUGGACACACAGCCCGAGUGUUUCAGUGCAAGAUAAUCGAGAGUGGCUGGGUUGUUUCCGUUGGAGAAGACUCCAACGUUUGUCUUUGGGAUCCGGAAGGGAAUCUGGUUGUUCGGAAGCGUCUGGAAGAUGGAGCCACGCUGUGGAAUGUGGACUAUGACGCUGACACGAAGACGCUUUUCACCUGCGCCAACAAUGGCAACGUGGCACAGUUUUGCAUUGAACGGUAUCUAGUUUCGGAUCGUGGCCAGCAGGAAGUGACGGAUAUAACACCAGAAGUGGGAGGAGCUAACCUGACGAAGAUGAAAUUUAUGUCCGAUGGCUCGCUGGUCGCCGUGACGGAUCGUAAUCAGAUUGUUCUGUUGCGAGAAGGUGGGGAACCGGAAGUUGUAGAACAACUGGAGGGCUUCAAGUGCAGCAUUCUGGAAGUAUGCCAAGAUCGAAUCUACGUCGCUGGUGAUCAUAGCCUAAAUAUUUACGAACUUGUAAAAGGACAAAUAGCAUUGAUGACUAGUCACAAGAUCGAUUUCAACCUGGACGCAUUCGAACCGGAAGAGACGUCGGCUAAAGCGACCGUGAUUCGAUCGUUAGUUUGCAGCUCUCAAACAGUUUUUGCCUGUGAUAAUGAUGGAAGAUGCUUGGCUUACGAUCGCGAUCUAGCGCAGCUUAAAUCCUGCCACCGACUGCCAAAAAUCGGUGAGCGUUGGCUCACUUCCGGUUUCACCCAAGACAACCGCAUUCUGCUAGCCGAUCGUAACGGAAAUAUGUAUCUGUACCAAUCAGACGGUAUCGAUCCCGUGUUCAAACUACCUCGUCCUCACGGAAAUCUCGGAAUAACCCAAAUCCGGCUGGAGGAACGCACUGCCGAAGGAUGCUACCUGUCCACUUCCGGUCACGAUGGGCACGUGCGCACCAUUUUCCUGAACCCGCUCAAAAACACGCUUCGAAUGUGCGGCGCAGAAAAGGUUCCGAUAAGCUGGAUCGAUCGAAUGGUUCCGGGUAACGCCGGAAGUGACCUGCGGCUGAUGGGUUUCAACGACAGUCACUUUGUCGUGUGUGACCAGAGUCGGGAGGUGCUGCUGCAGGUCAAUUGUGGCGGUGGUCACCGGUACUGGGACUGUUACGGAUCGGCCGAUGGGAGCCACUUCCGGUUUGUGUACAUUCAGCACAAACGGUUGAAGCAAGUCGUGGCACGGUUGAAUCGGUCCACCGAAAGUGCGUUGCAGCUGCCAAGGCUCAACUGGCACUCGAAAGCCUGCAACGUGGUGCGGUUGGUGAAGACCGAAGUCGGCACGUGGUUCAUUUCCGGUGGAGAAGAUAACAUCCUGAGAAUCAAUAGAUUUUCUGAAGUAACAAGCAGUUUGGACAUUGGCAAGCAUUUGUACUGUCACAUUUCUAGCAUCAAAUCCCUGUGCUGGUUCGAGCGCAGUCCCGAAAGUAUUCUGCUCGUGUCUACCGGCGGACGUGCCCAGCUAUGCCUAACGACGCUUCAUCUGCAGAGUUCCGGAUGUCGCACCCGAGAGGAGCUAUGCUACAUGCUUAAAGCCAGCGAUUCCGACCGAUCCCGGUGGCGAACCAACCGAACGGCAGCGUUCGAUCCGGAAACGCGCUUCAUGUGUGCCGUCCCGAUGCAAUCCCGGCUGUUUAUCGGAUGUUCCGACGGAUAUCUGCGAGAAUUCACCGUCGAAGAAGAGCGAGGCUCGUACCGCAUAGAACUAGUGCAGGACAUUUUCUACGGGCGAUGCCUCCUGCACGCGACUAGCUUCACUGUCGCAAACGAGCCAAUUCUAGUCACGAUGGCCACAGACGGUCUUGUUUGUUUUUGGGACCCGCGACAGCUCGCCGAACCGUUCUACAAGCUGCAACACCACGCCAGCGGCAUCAACGGGUUCGAUCUGAAGCUGCUGGACGGCGGAACGGGAAGCUUCCUGAUUGCAACCGGUGGCGACGACCAGGCCGUGGCCAUUUCCAAGCUGCAGAUGCAACCGCGCAAGAGUUCCUUCUUUGUGCGGCUGGAGCGCACCGUUCGAGCGGCGAAUGUCCACCUGGGACAGGUCACCGGAGUGCGGUUCGCGGCAUCCGGGUCGAUGGUGUGGACUGCGGCCGUUGAUCAGGCGGUUUGUCUGCUGGAUUUUGGCGCUUUAAAGGGCGGUGUUUCGGUGGUGAAGCGGCUUGAGACAUGCGUCGCGGACGUUAAAGGGCUGGAGCUGGUGCCGGAAGCGGACGGGCUAUUCGUGUACGGAUGUGGAUUCGAGUUUAUUAAGGGUUAAGUGUUUAAAAUUGACGUUUUUUUAUGAAUUAUGAAAGUUUCUCACACAUUAAAAUACA